AUGGGUUGGUUCGACGGACGAACUUCUUCAUCGUCUGGCCAUGUCCGCCGACGCUCUCCCUCUCGUCGAUCCACCUAUUCCACUCACCAUUCCCGUCACUCGACGCCAUCAAUCUUCAGUUUAGGUGGUGGCGGCGGCAACCGGUCGGGGCGGUCGAGUCCGUCGGUCUUCUCAACCUCGUCCUCGCGUCGGGCACGACCUCGAUCUGGAUUUAUCCAGCGAGUGGUACAUUUCAUCAAACGCUUGAUGCGUGACAUCUCCAACUACGCCCGCCGUCAUCCGUUCAAGGUGCUUCUUCUGGUCGUUGUUCCCCUCUUGACCAGCGGCGUGUUGCAGAAACUGUUGGCUAUGAUAGGAAUCCGUCUACCGAGAAACAUUCUGGGCAGCCUCGGUGGCGGACAGCCUGCUCAAGGUGGUGGUGGUGGAGGUGGUGGUAUGGCAGACAACAUCCACGGGUUGAUGAACAUCGCCAAGAUGUUCAUGUAG